GGUGCUAACAAGCAAAAAAACAAAAAUAAGAAAAAAAGCACCGCGGAUGAAGACAAAAUGGCGGAGUUUGUGUACUCACGCUACAUGACUGAAAUAAUGCUCAGUAUUCAACCUAUUGAUCUAUUGGUAUCACCUGUCACUUUGAAAAAUUAUUUCUUAGUACUGGAACCUUUACUACAAGUACCAGCGUUAUCAUCACAACCCAGGAAGGUCUCAUCUUCCAGUAGUUUAAUUCUUAGCAAUCGCAGUUUACCGUUGACGUACAUUGAAUUCAACGGGUUUAGAUUGAUCAUGCCUUCGGUAGACAUGGGAAAAGCCGGUACAGUGCACAACACUUGCGUAUUUCAAGUGAAUCGCAUUAAUUUAUCGCCGAGCGCUGUGAAUCCCAUCUGUAGAACUCCAUGCAGACCGGAUAUUUACCAACAAGCAGCGCAGGCGCGGAUUCUGAACGUCCCCGGAAGUGAGAUGGAGGAUCGUCAAUAUCAACUGGAUAUUAACGGUAUAUGCAUGAAUUCCGGUUCGUGGACGGAGAUAAGUCAAUUAUUAAAGAAUAGAGGUAAAAGUAUGUCUGUGUUGAAAACAAUGAGUGAAAACCCAGCGCUGGAAUGGAAUAAUCUGGAAAAAGGUAAACUCAAGUCAGGCCCGGAGAUUACCUACUGGUCUCUGAUAUCUAAAUUUGAUAUCUCGGUGAUUUACGCGCCGGCAAUGAUCUACAAGCAUGAUAUCAUCUGUGGGCAUUCAAUUGAGGUUAACUUCAUAUCGGAUAUUAAUUUUACGGUGUCCCUCGAGCAGAUUAAGCUGAUAAUGUCGUUGAGUGAUGAGGCGCUUGGUGUUUUGGAUGUUUUACUAGCGCAGAAUGACGCGAACAAACCAUCGAAGGUUAUAUUUCCGUAUUCCAUUUAUCAACCGGAAGAUGAAUGUGAUUUGGAAGUAGAGUUGGAUGUGACUAAAGAUUCUGGUAUAGAGACACAAGCUUCAGACCUGCGGAGUUCUUUCUCUUUGAAAACAAACAGUGGUGUGCUUGGUGCUUUGAGAAAAAUGAGCGAAUUAAGUGAAAAGUCCAUUUUAUCACCUGGUGCACCAGCAAUUGUUAAAUCUUCUUCAACGUUGAGUAACACAUCGACGUUUAUACCUCUAGAUGUUUUAAUAACAGGCGGAAAGGUUUCACUGGUUUUAUAUGAGUUUGAAACUUCUACUAGGAGUGACAUGUCCCGAUUUUUCAAAGAAAAUGAAAGCGAUAAAGGUUACGAAGCUUCCGAAGAGGAAAGUGUGAUUGAUGUAAAAAUGCACGCAAGGAGAUUUUUUCCUUUGUUGUAUUUUUCCUUAUCGCAACCGAAUUGCUUCAUGUCGGAUACAUUGCUAUGCAGAAAAAUUCAGAUAUCAUGUUAUGAUGUCUGUAUCAAAGUCGAUGGACAUGGUGGACAUAAAAUCUUGAAGAGUAUACCAAGCGAGGAUGAUUUUGGUACGCAUUUACUAGAAACAAAAUCAGGGGAACCCCAUCUUGAUACAGGUGUACUCCCAGCUUUCUUAACCUUAAAAUGGAGUAAAGGUAUAGGAAAACCUGCAACUUUGGAUGUGGAUAUUGCAAAACCGACGAAAAUCGUAUGCUCGUUAUCUAGAUGGUUGUAUCUUCUACAGAUUCAGGAUAAAUUUUUAUCUAAUAUUAUAGUACCACGUGGUAGAUUUAGUUCUACUGAUAGUCAGGCAGAUUCAAAACCGGAUAUGGAGGUUCUGCACGUGCGAGCACCGAAAACAACCAUAAAAGGUGAACAUUAUUUAAAAUAUGAAUUGAUCAAACAGAAGUUUAAAGGUUUAUCUAUUAUUAAUUUAAAAUUAUCACAAAUGGUGCUUGCGAUGCACACGAAAAACGAUGUUGAGGUUAGUGUUGCUUUUUCAAGCUUGACAAACAAUUUAUCCAUACAAAAUCGCCCGGAGAAGUUAUUAAACACUACGAGUAUAGAAUGUAUGACAAUUGGGUGUGUUUCCAAUGGUACAUCAAAAUUAAUACUGAAUCCAUGGAGUACUUCAUUUGAGGUUACGUUGUUCUGGGAGUCAUGGCAGUCGAUGAAUUCAAGUCCACAGACUCAGAUCUCCGCCGAGAGCGAUGCUAUCGUAUUGGAUAUCAGCCCUGAUCAGGUUUUAAAUAUUCAAGAUUUAUUGGAGGAUAUUCAGGAGUUAUCUAGGAAUUUCCCUAAAAACUCCGAAGAUACUUCAAAGAUGAGAAAAGAACCAUCCAAAGGUCCUGUAACUGAAAAAGAACAACAUUACAAAGAUGAUCUACGUGCCGGAGCCUUCCAUUUUGUAGAUUCAACGAGUAACAACAUUGAUGAGUUGCCAUUACCCUAUCAGGUUGUAUUCUGGAAUAGAAACGUAUCCGCGAUGGCGUGGAGAUAUCCUCAACCGAGGGCGCUGACUAAGGUUAGAGUAUUUCCGGUUCCUUUUAAAAUAAGCACUGGAAACGAAGAAGACGAGCAGAUUUUGUGUCAUCUAGAAUAUUGGUCUGAUUGUCAUGGUUGUUAUCAAACAUUCACACAGUUUUAUCUUUCGGAGACCGAGAUGUGUCAUUUGGAACUGCCAAAGAGUUAUCCGCAACCAGCUGUCGCGUGUACAUGGAGAGUGGUGUUAACAGCACCUAUGAUUAAAGACUAUCAUCAGUCUAGGGUAUUCGUUAGUCCUCGAGCGUUAGCUGGUUGCAUAAGAAUUGAUUCUUAUUUUAACAAACAUUUGAUUCCACAACUCACUCUGGCUGUACACAUUGCAUCGGUCAAUGUUAACCUCAUCAAUUACUUUGAUAAACGAGCUAAUUAUACGAUGCCUAAAGGGUUGAAAAAAUUCUACUCGGAUUUACUUAUACCGGAUUAUCAACACGUUGUGACUUUGACCAUAGAUAACGCAAAUGCUUAUCUAGCAACGUGGAAAUUCGAAAUGGCGGUGUUCGAUAUCAACUGCAAUGCGAAGUGCGCCAUCUUGGAUUAUGCUUUUCUCACACUCCAACAAUUAAUAGAACCAUUCUCGUUUAAAUUUGAAGUCUCUCUAGCGAAAACAAUAGGGAUUAAUAUUAUCUCUCAACCGAUAAGGGUUUUAUUUGGUGCGGGUGCUGCGCAUACACUU